AUGGAUGGUUUAAAUAAUUCUGAUUUAGGAACGAUACAUAAUUUUCAAAGUUUGGAAUCGAAAUUUAUGGACGAUGACGACGAUUAUUUGGCUACAAGUCCGAACGGGAAUCUUGCUGUGACUUUUAAUCCUGUAUCUUUUUCUUUGGCUAUUUCCGAUUCCUCAAAUGUCCGAGAAAAUGAAGAAGAUGCAUUCGUUGCCGUUUCGUGUUUUUGCGAUAAAGAUAUGAUGUCAGAUGAUGAUUCGGUCGAAAAUUCAAGAAAUCUUCCAGAUGCGGAAAAGGGGGAUGAUUUUAAAACAGAAAUUUCAGCGGAAACAUUUGUCUUUUUCAAUAAGCGCGGUGGGAUCGUUAGAUUUUUAAAUAACAAUUCGGUAAAUGAAUCAAAUGGAUUCACUAAUCUAAUUGUCAUGAACGCUUCUGGAAUUGCAAAAGCAUUUAUCGAUCAUAGGAAUUCUUACGUUAUCGAUCUAUCAAAUUUUUCGGUCGCGCAAGUAUAUGAAUUUCCAACAUAUAUUCAAAUGAAAAUUGAUAAAUUAUAUCAUAGCUUAGCUUGUACAGAUUUUUUAAAUUCUUUAGUUGAACAAAAUUUUUUAUUUGUUGAAGAUGAUAACAAACAGAAACUUGAAAUGUUUAAUUUACAAUCCUUGGAUUUAGAAUUGACUUUUCAUAAAAGUUUUCUUCCAAAUAAAGCGAAAAAUUCUAUUUUUUCCACUUCAAAGCAUGGUCAUUUGUUAGCAUAUUAUAAUGAUGAAUUUUUAAUUGGAACUCCUCCAAUUACCAUUAAUCAAGAUCAAAAAGAUACAUUGAAAUAUGAAGAAUUUAACGAUAAAAAUGAACCCUGGGCUCAACAUAUGAAAUAUAAUCCUAACCCUAUUUAUUUUGAUGAAGAACAAAAUGAUGAACUUUUAAUUGGGAAGACAACAGUUCAAAUUUGGAGAAAAAAGAAAGUUUUAAAAUAUAUUUGGGUAAAUCCAAGUAACAAAAUGAUUAAUGUUUAUUCUUUAAAGAUUGGAAAAGGUGAAUUUUUUUUAGAUUUGUCAUGGCCUUCAAUUUCUGCUAAUGUACGUCAAAAAGUAAACAUUCAUUGGCCAAAUGAAGCUCAUGUCCUCAAAGAUGCAUGCGUUGCUAUGGAGUAUCUAAACGCACGAAGUUACGAAAUUGUAGGGCGGGUAAAUCUAAGAAAAUACAUAGAUUUGGUUGAAUGCACGGAAAAGCUCAUUAAAAAAUGCAUCAAAGAAAAUCCGGAUUUAUGGAGUUUGUCUGAAGUUCGAAAUGACAUUAUGGCCAAUAUCAUCCGAUCAAGGAAUUUAACAUUGUUGUAUGAGAUUCUAUUCGAACAUAAAGCGAUGUCAAUAAACAAGAUAAAACGAGAUGAUUUGAUUAUUGCUAUUAAUGAAUCUUCCGGUGGACAUCGGAAUGAUACAGUUAUUGUCGCCAUGUUGCUUGAAUAUUAUUCAAAUAAUGCGGAAAAGGAUACGAGUUGGAUGUUUACAUUGAUAAAGGCUCUUCCUUCUCUUAACAAUCCUAAUUUGAAAACUUAUUUAAAUGAGUUAUUUUAUAAGCCUUGCUUUGGAUUCAAAGAACUUAUAGACUCAAAAUUUGUGAAGCCAGGUAAAUUGAAAAAGGAUAUAAAACGGAAAUUUUUUAAGAAAUUGAAAGAAAGAUCAAAAGUAACUGAUGAUGAGGUCACACUAACGAAAGUACGCGUAGUUCCGUUACCAGAUUUUACAAUCUAUCCAACAAAGUCGAUUGAUAGAACACAUAGUAAUUGGAUGAUUACGUUAAAACUUAUCAAACUCAUAUUUUGGCCAAGAGGUUAUUUGGUUCGAAGUAAAGAUCAACGUAGCCCUUUUCUAAAGCUUUUAAAAAUAAUGAAAAUGAACUAUUAUAUGAAAUCCAGCAGUGGAAGCAUCCUUUACGCUCACGUUUGCAUUCUAUAUGGAACUUUCGAAACCUAUGAAAUUAAUGAAUCUUUAUUAUUCUUUUAUGUUCUUAUUUUUUAUUUCGGAUAUUAUCUUUUGGCGACGGAAUUUUUACAAUUGAAAAACGAGGGUUUUAAAAAAUAUUGGAGCAUAUAUAAUUUUUUUGAUCUUGCAUCAAUUAUCGUUUCAAUAUUUACGAUGAUAAACAAUCUUAGGAUAUACUUUAAAUGGGCUGAAAUCACAAGUGGUUCUGAUUAUGACACAUCUGAACCAAGUGAAUGGUAUUAUUACCAAUAUCUUAAAGAACACGGUGUAACAGUUAGUGAUGAUAUUAAAGAAGUCGUAAUUCCGCAAGCAUUUUCGGUCUUGCUUUUAUGGUUUGAAUUAUUAAUGACAAUCGUUGCUUUCGGUCAUGCAAUGUAUAUCAUUUUACGAUAUCCUAAUGAUAUUGGUUUAGAGCCUAACGGCGACAGCUAUGUGGUAGACUCUCCAUAUCCGGACGGCACCAUAGACUUUAAAAUUUCACAAGAUUUUGAUAUGGAAAAUCCCAUCGAUAAUUUUUAUGUAUCAUUUGCGCAUUCUGUUAUGGGAGUUUAUUUUUGGAUUCUUGGAAGAUGGGAUCAAUUAGAAAAUUUGUUGGUCGCAUUUAUGAUGGGUGUGUAUGACGAAGCAAAAAAUAAUGUUAAGUUAUCGGUGUUAAAUUAUAGAGCUAAUUUGAUCGCUGAUUAUGAACCGUUAGAAAAACCUUUUGGUAGUCAAGAGGGAAUCCGAGAUAUAUUUAUUAUGUUGGAAGUCUAA